AUGUCCCGGUUUCAAAUUUUAAAAAGUUCUGUUCUAUUGGCUCUCAUAGCCGGCGGCACAACAAUUGACCGUGUCAAGUUGAUUACUGCGGUUGGAGAAAAAGCAGGUUCAGUUGAUUGUAUAGAUUCUAUUGGGAAUCUUGGUUCACUCAGAGAGUGGUUCGUUAUAUUCAAUGAUGAAAAGUCAAGAGAAAGUUUCUUGAAAAAUGAUGUGUUAGAAGUAAAUGACCAACAAUUCGAUAUACACACACCAUUCCAAGAAACAAAAACUAUCCGAUUACUCGGAAUACCAUCAACCGUUAGUGAUGACGUUGUAAGAUCUUUUGUAUCGAAAUGGGGAACUGUGAUGCAUAUAGAAUGUGAAACACUUCCACACCCAUAUAGACGAAUUAAAACCUUCGUUCGGCGUGUGCGUGUGCGUUUUACGAAUAAAGAGGCGGAACAGAAUGUUCCUAUUUCUAUUAAAAUAGCUGGACUUAGUAUUUCAGUCCAUUUGGAAGGUAGACAACAAGUUUGUUAUCGUUGUAAAGGAAGUGGACAUAUUAAGAAAGAUUGUAAAGUAUUAAAGUGUCGUGUAUGUAAACGUUUUGGACAUGACGACCCAGAUUGCCAUGUUUAUGCGUCGUAUGCAAAUAUAACACGUCUAGAUGAUGUGGAUGAUCAAGUAAAUGAUCAAGAUGUUAAUUAUGAAGAACAAGAAUGUUCAGCUGUUCACAUAAUACUCAUAUGA